GGUAGUUGCAGCAAAACAUUUUUUUUUUUUUUAAUAAUGAACUAUCUGUGGUAGCACUGUCUUGGUGUCAGUAGCUGAACUUAUUGUUACAACAUCGGAACUUGUGGUGUGUUGGCCUUGGAAAGUUAUUGGGAGUUUAUACAGAGAUAUACAUUUGCGUACAUCGCAUAGUUGUGUUAUGGAACUGGAUAAAAUGGACGAGAACGACUGGAAAUACCACGGAGAGGGCAACAAAAGCCUAGUGGUUUCUCAUGUUCAGCACGCCAGAGUCCUUCGUCUACUGAAGUAUUCUACAGAAGAUGCCGAAAACUCACAUAAGACAACAGAACAAGCUUUCCGCCACAUACAGAACAUAGUUGACUAUUGUCAAAAUGUCAUGAAGCCACUGCUGGGGGAGAAAUUCGUCCACAAUGGAGAGGCUGUGAAGCUCCCAUUAGACUUUGUCCGCCAGCUGUCAUUGAAGGUCCAGCAGGAAAGGCCAGAGUCUCGCUGUGACAAAGUGAUGGAUACGUUGAGUGGAUGUGCCUUGUGUCUGCCUAACCUCACCCAGCUCUCCUCCUGCUGCUGCUGCAGUAGAGAACACAGACCUCCUCUCUGUAUAGAGAUUAAGCCCAAAUGUGGAUUUCUACCAGCCUCUAGAGACAUUACCAAAGACAUCAAAAAGAAGGUGUGUCGGUUUUGUAUGCAUCAACAUUUUAAGUUAGCCAAUGGAAAGUGGAAACGGCUGAGCCACUACUGUCCCUUGGACCUGUUCUCAGGGAACAAACAGAGAAUGUCUCUAGCCAUCAAGCACUUGAUAGAGGAACCACAGAAUAACUUCAACAUUUUCAAGGGUGGAGAAUGUAUCUACACCUGUAAUGAUGAUGCAGACGUGUUUCAGGACCUAGAUGAAUUGGCUCAGCAUCUACGACCGUACUUCCUCCCUAGUGGCAGCCUUCUCAGCAGGCAGCAGUCUAGUAAAGUGGUUCUGAAUGAGUUAAUCCAGGUGAUCGUGAGCGCCCUGUUGAGCACCUGGGACUGUCCUCGCUCCGGGCAGCUCAGGAAGACACACCUGUCUGAGGGCAGAGUGACGUGUGAAGCCAGCCUGCUGCACCGGGACCUGCUACGCAACGGUAACCACUGCCUACCCAAAGAUUGUGUCUUGGACAAAAUCCUGUCGACUCAGAUGUUGGAUAAUUUAGACAUUGAGGGUUUGAGCCCCCUUUUUAAACGAGUGGAACAGCAUCUACAGAUGUUCCCCAAAGAGAGAUGCAGGCUUCAGAUGGACGGGCCGUACAAUGCCAGCUUCCUGGAGAAGGUCCAGAACUGUCCCGCUGAAGACGACGGCUCUAUCGAAUACGCUGUAGGGAAGGUCCACCAGUACAGAGUUGCCAUGACAGCCAAGGACUGCUCCAUCAUGGUCGCCAUAGCAACCUGUGGGGAAGACGACGGGUUGGACCAGAGCCUGGAGAUCCAACCUAUGAAGCCUCGCUUCACGUGCUCCGUGUCCAUCCUAGACCUGGACCCUAAACCCUACGAGAGCAUCUCUCACCAGAGCAGACUGGACUAUAAGAUAGUCAACCACUACCUGAGACGGACACAGCCCGACAACCAGGAACUAGACAACCUGGAGGAACUGGCCAAUCAGAGCCUGUUCCUGGGCCGGGACAGAGACGGAGAAGACUGUACUCUGGUGUUCCAUCCUGUAUAGCAACUCCCUCCGCCGCCUGGCCUUGUGCUGUCUGGCUGUUACCCCCCUCCCUCCCUCCCCUGUACCUGGACCCUAAACCCUCCUUGUACCCCCAGACCGACCGCUGCUGUGGAACUGAAAUAAUAAUAAUAAUAAUACAAUUGAAUGAA